UGCUAGCAGCACUAGUGUUAGCGGGAUGGCCUCAUAGUAAUCCUGAGGUGCCCACCACCGGCACUGGCAUCGGGCUCAAUCAUUGACGCACUGCGGCGGCCAUGAGCUACAGCUUCAAGCCGAAGCACCAAUUGACGCCAUUCAUUAUUGCCAGUGCCGUGGAUUAAUAUCGAGGCCGUCUCACACCUCACGUUCUAUCUCUUUCUUCUCUCCCAUCCUCUCCCAGUACACCUUUCAGACCGGCCGCCAACAUGUUCGCCCGAUCAGUGCUGAGGUCCUGCGGACCUCUUCGUCAGAGCAUCAGAAGCUACGCGACUGACGCCGCCGCCAAACCGUCAUCGUCAUCGACGCCAUGGAUUGUCGCUGCUGCAGCUGCAGCCACCGGCGCCGCCGGCUGGGCGUUCCUGGGCAAUAACAAAGUCGCAGCCGACGCCCCCAAGCCGUCCGACGAUGCGAAGUACGGAGCCACAAAAGUCGACGAGACAUCCAAGGCCUUUACUGGCGGCGACCAGGGAUUCAUUUCUCUCAAGCUUGCCGAGGUGAUUCCGUACAACCACAACACGAAGAGAUUCAAGUUUGAACUGCCCGACCCAGAGCAGGUUUCGGGAUUGAGCGUUGCAUCUGCCAUCAUCACCAAGUACCAGCCGCCGAACGCGGAGAAACCCAUUAUCAGACCAUAUACUCCUAUCAACGAUGAAGAUGUCAAAGGCUAUCUCGAGCUACUUGUCAAAGUCUACCCCAAUGGUCCCAUGUCCAACCACUUGCACUCCAUGGUCCCCGGCCAGAGACUCGAAUUCAAGGGCCCUAUCCCCAAGUACCCGUGGGCGCCGAACAAACAUGACCACAUCACUCUGAUUGCAGGCGGCACCGGCAUCACUCCCAUGUUCCAGCUGAUUCGGACCAUUUUCAAGAACCCCGAGGACAAGACCAAGGUUUCUCUGAUUUACGGCAACGUCACCGAAGAUGACAUUUUGCUCAAGAAGGAGUUGGAGGAGAUUGAGAACGAGUUCCCGCAACGGUUCCGCGCCUUUUACACUCUGGACAACCCGCCGCCCAGCUGGCCGUACGGCAAAGGUUUCAUCACCAAGGAACUGCUCAAGACUGUCAUUCCGGAUCCAAAGAGCCCCAACAUCAAGAUCUUUGUCUGUGGUCCUCCGGGAAUGUACAACGCCAUCAGCGGCAACAAGAAGAGCCCGCAAGACCAGGGCGAGUUGACCGGCAUUCUCAAGGAGCUGGGCUACUCCAAGGACCAGGUGUUUAAAUUUUAGACGGAUCGGAUAUUCCGAGAACGAAACAUCUGUCGUCUUGUUGGCGAAAAGCUAGACUCCAAGACUGAUGGUGCCUGCGAUUUCGACCCAGGCAUCUAGAGACAAGCAGAGCGACUUGAGAGAGUCCCCGCUCAGAAGACUUCUGUAGAAUAUAAUUGUAUAUAGACAAGAAGCCAGACCAGAUGUGAAAGAAAUCAGAAAGAAGCAACAUAUUUGCGGAACAACCUAUAUCAUGUUUGGCUUAUACUGUAUUAAGGCAUGCUGUGAUUGUGUCUCGUGCCCUCUGCCAGUGAGAUUGUUGCAAGGUUCAGCCUUGCGGUGCCCAGUCACAACAUCUGGGUACCUUGACAGAGACAUUGAGCGCUUCAAACUUUGGUACUAGUGCUGGUCACGGUGGUGACCGUCGGCGGCGGUGUAAGCUACAGUACCUAGGUAUCUAGACUGCAGAGAUGCUGGAUUAGAAUAUCCGCCUUGCGUGC